AUGGUGAAUCCGGUGGGUUUCAGAUUCCGUCCGACCAAAGAGGAGAUCGUCGACCAUUACCUCCGGCCAACAAAUUUCGAUGGUGACACGAGCCAUGUCGAUAGGAAUAUCAUGUUUAUGCAAGAUAAUCGCAAUGAUUACAGACCUCCAAACUCAUUAACUGGUGUCUUCAGUGAUUGUAGCAGUGAUGAUAAUGAUUCUGAUUUACUAUCUCCAAAAACAGUAAGCUAA